AUGACGAGUACACUGUCCAAAGAGCCGAGACGGUUUGCUCCCCUGGGAAAGAAGAGUGAGGAUGCGGGAAAGGUCUUACCGAAGUUGAAGGGGAUUGUUUUUGAUGUUGAUGGGACUUUGUGCCUACAACAGAAUUACAUGUUUGGGGAGAUGCGUCGAGCACUCGGAAUCGACAAGGGCACUGAUAUCCUCGACCACUGCCAUUCCCUGCCCCCAACCGAAGAAGAAGCCGCCCUCGAAAAGAUCCGUACCAUAGAAAGAACAGCCAUGACUAAACAAGAACCUCAACCUGGUCUCGCUACACUAAUGGAAUACCUCGAGUCACGAGAGAUCCCUAAAGGAAUCUGUACCAGAAACUUCGAGACGCCAGUUGCUCAUCUUUUGGAGAAAUUCCUUCCCGGGAAAAAGUUUGAUCCUAUUGUAACAAGAGACUUCAGACCGCCAAAGCCAGACCCGGCAGGAAUUUUACAUAUAGCUAAAAGUUGGGGUUUUGUCAAGGUCGGCGAAGGGGGAGAUGUUGGGGAUGCUUCGAAUAUGAUCAUGGUUGGCGACUCUAUAGACGAUCUUACCGCUGGCUUCGGAGCAAAGGCAGCUACAGUGUUAUUGGUGAACGAAGCGAAUGCACACUUAGCUGGGCACGAACAUACAGACUUAAUUGUGUCUCGUUUGGACGAGCUAAUUGACAUCCUCGAAAAUGGAUUUGUGGGUAGAAUCGGAAGGGAAGACGAGGAGAGCGAUACUAGAAAACGAGCCGAAGAAGUCUUAAAAGAGGGAAGAGCGGAAGGGACCACCUUGAAGUGA